AUGGCUACUGGGCUGGCAAAUGGGUCAGUUGCACUGCAUCAUUCGACUAGUUGGAUGGAGCUGUGGGAGAAGGCAGCUACCCGCCAUUAUGUACAAAUGAUGCUACGCUUAUGCUAUGAACUUCCAGUAAAGUGGGUGAACAUUGGGUCGGUCAAUCAAAUCGCGGCCCUUGUUCGUCCUCAGCGUGCGUUUUCACUCUUCUCUCGUUUUCGUUUGAAGCGGGAAACGGAGAAGCAAGAUGCUGACCAAGCCUGCAAAAGUAACGUGGAUAGUGAAGCAAUUAAAAUGUGGACUGAAGCUGUCCAGAACUUUGGGCAACAUGAUACUUUGUGCAUUCAUCAACCCAGUGCUGUGCUUAACCGGAUCCAAUCACGACGGCUAAAGAGGCGUGCCUUUCUGCACGCAAUCAGUGUUUAUUUGGAACGGUACGGGAAAACGAGACGCGGUUUCAACCAGUUUGCUCUGAAUGCCUUGGAUAGAAUGCCUGAGUACGAGGUCACCGACGAUCUGGACUGUUACAAGGCUAUUCUUCGAGUUUUCCCUCCUGGUCGAAUGGUAGUAACUAGUUUCCUGCAAGCCGAAUGGAACCAUUUCCCUCGUCAACAAGAUACCGUCAUAAAACUACUGCAGCAGAUGAGCAAGCAUCAUGUGAUCCCAGACGAUGAGGUUGGUCAAAUGAUAAUUGAUAUAUUUGGUUGGCGCUGUCACGCUAUGACGCAUUACCGCCACCUAAUGUACUGGGUCCCCAAGUUGGCUCAUGCUAAUCCUUGGCCGGUGGCUCAACAUAUCUUAGACGAUCUGGAUGAAGACCCUCUACACCUGGCUCGGUUGAUCGCAGAACGUAUUUGUUCUGACCCAAUGACCGAAUUGCGUGUGGUCAAGUUACCUGACUCGAAGUGUGAUAAUUCCCAACAACCAUCCAGUAUGAUAAGUGCUCAAACGCCGGAACAGAUGGCUUUGCUUACAUACGCUGUCAACGGCAAUCGGACCAGUAAAUCGGCACAGAAGACGGUCAUUUAUCUGGAUGGGCCGCACUUCGUUUGGUAUCAGAGGCUGCAGGGCGCGUACUACACGCUUUGGACGGAAUUAGACACAUCCCGAUUGAAGAAGGAGGCCGAAUGUGCAAAACUUCGAGAUCAAACUGCCAAGAAGCCUGACCUAUCCUGUCUACCUGUCUUCGGACAUUUGGGAAGCUCACUGGACUCUGAGCUUGAUGAAGUUCCCGAAGAAGCUACGGCAACUAUGACUAGUCAAGUUCAGCUCCAUGUCCGUCAGUCUUCACCCGCAACAACCGAUAUUAGUCGUCUACCAUCCGACCGACCGACAACACAAAUGUCCAGAGUUCAACCGGAGUAUGAUGAUCGGUGGCUUGCUCUUCGUCGCUCCCAUACUUAUUCGUUUCUACCCGGGCAGCUUACAGUUCAUGAACAAGCAGAGGGAACCAUCCUAGCUUUAGGUGUUGUGACUCCUAUUUCGGAUGCGCUUGUGAAUCAGAAAACGGUAUUUACUCACCAUGUAUCUGAAGGUCUCAAGUCCGCAGAUGACCCGCCUGAACGCUUUUCGACGGUCCCUGAGAUGCCCCCUGUGCCCCAACCUGCUCCACCAUCCCUAGUCCGCGCGUGGCUGAAAGAUUUACAGGUUCAAAAUCCGUGCCUUGCAAAUGCUACUCUAGUUAUUCGGGUUCCAUUACUCGAGGAUUCCUGCGCAGAAGAAUCUAGUCAUUUCCCCGAUUCAGCCCGUAAGCUUGACGAACGAGCUUCAGGUACAGCACGUCGUCCAGCUGUAGCACUCUUUCGGUGCCUAACUGCCAUGCCACAUGAAGGAGGCACGAGGGCUGGGAUACUGCCAGGUCGCCCAAGCCUAGACAGAGGAAGUCGAGUGGCAGAGGUCGGGUUCGAACCACGGACCUUCCGGUCAUGGAAACCGAAAAGACAACGCAAGGCCAAUGCUUACCGGCCAUCAUCCCUGUUUUUAAAAGAGAAGCUUUAUCGCAUCCGAGUUGUUGACAGGUCUCAGUGUGCGCGGGCUUACCACUGGACGCACAAUCACGGGGGGCACUGUUGUCAUUCUUUGGAAAUUGAGGACCCGGCUGCCUCGUUCAGUCUGUAUCAAUUCAUCGACCUCCAUAACCUUGAAUGUCUGAACGAGGCGGUGGUUGGUAGCGGAAAAUCUGUCUUCAAGCCAUAUGAAGAUAGGAAAAAUACCACUGUUUAUGUGGAAAGUGAUUCCGAUGAAGAGCUCCUUUUCAAUGUUCCAUUCACUGGUUCCGUAAAACUGAAAGCCAUCAUUAUUGCCGGUGACAAUAUGGGUAGUCAUCCGAACCUCGUAACGCUAUACAAGAAUAAGCCAUUCAUGACUUUCUCGGAUACUGAAGGUGAUGGGGAUCAGACUCUAUCUCUAACUCCAGAUCCCUUCGGCGAUAUCAUAUAUCCAUUGAAAGUGGCCCGGUUCAGCAGUGUCCAAUGCCUAAGCAUCCAUGUGAAGAGUAACCAUGGUGCUGAUACCACUCGACUGCACUACAUAGGGCUACGAGGGGAUUUCAGUGCCGCCGCACGAAAAGAGGUUGUGAUUGCUAACUAUGAACUAACUCCUAACAUUGCUGACCACAAAUUGGAUCUGUUACAUCCGAGUAGUCACCUUAUGGAGGCCGGUUUGCAUUUCUAUCAACAAACCCUAAGCCGCUUCACUGCUUUAUUGUCGAAUAUCUCACCAUGCACUUUACCUUCAAUCAACCCUACAUUCCAAACUGCCUACGGACGUGACCUCGAGAUUGAAAUGCUUGAAGAUGACGUUAUGCGGCUAUUUCACAAGCAAGAAUACUUUCGGCAGGCAUACAAUGAAACUCUCACCCAAAUUCGUGCUCUGCGCGAAGAGAAUCCUAACUUUAUCGCUGAGCACGACUCCUAUGUGGAAGAACAUUUAGAUCAGUGUGUUUAUUCUGACGAUGAUUCUUUGGAUGACGUUGAACUAUCUCCUGAAAUGGAGGAGUUCAUGCUCCAGACAAUCAAACAUAGGGAGGAGCGGGAUCGUCAGCGCGCUUUGGCUGAUCAGGCGAAUUGCCAACGAGAAAAACCUCCACCGAUCAAGCCCGGAAAACACACGGAGAUCCCUGUCAUGUCUGACAUUGUUUCCCAGUUAGAGACGGAUCUUGUUUAUCACUAUUCUUACGUUUCCCCUUGUUCAGACGCUCCUUUCUGGCCGUUCGUAACACACUGUUUCUCUCUUGUCGCUACAAAUUUUCUGCACAUAUUUGUGUUCUCAAUGGUGUCAGGGGUGCAUUCCCUCAAUGUAUUCAUUUCACGCGUUUCAGGUAUGGGUAUUCGUGGGCUGAGCAGUUAUCUCAGUCGUGAUCCGGAUAAUUACGAAGCCUUCCAGCUGCAUGGAUCACGAGUUGUCAUUGACGCCAAUAAUUUCCUCAACUACAUUUAUCUCACUUCGGGGCUGUACACCCAAUUUGGUGGUGAGUACUUGUCAUUCGAAGUGUGCAUCACACGGAUCAUCAACGCAUUCCGUCGUUGUGCAGUCAAGCCAAUAUUUGUUUUUGAUGGUUGCCAUGAUGAUUCGAAACUGAUUACACAACUUGCCCGAUCCCGAAUGCGACUACAGGUCUGCCGUAGUUUAAUCAGGCAGUCUGCGCAACACGCGGAUCCGACGCACAAUUCGCUUCGCGUGCCACUUUUACCACCACUGGCAGUGAUGGUUCUUGCUCAAACUCUACACUGUCUCAAGGUCGAUUUGGUCGUAUGUGAUAGGGAAAGUGAUUGUGAUGCUGUUAGCCUGGCCAUUCAUUUCAAUUGUCCGGUGAUUAGCAAUGACUCCGACUUCUACAUAACGAUACCCAAUUCUACAGAUACCGGGGCGGUUUUGUUGCCACUAAGUCUCGUCACAUUCGAACCACGCAUUUCAACCGACACCUGUAGUUGUAUGUUGAAAUGCAGGGAACAGUUUUAUAUGCCUUGCUAUAAAUUUCGGCCCUGUGGACCGGGUCUUGGUAGGCUUCCUUCUCCACAAAGAAAGUUAUUUGCCAGUGUCGUUGGCAAUGACUAUAUCAGUCCGGAUAUUUUUGCUUCCGUGUUACCCAUCACACAGGGUUUGCGCGAACCGUUGUCUCGGAAAGCUUCCAAAGAAGUAAGAAUCAAUCGACGUCGAUCGAUCUACAAGCAUCUCAUCAGUUGGCUUUCUGGUUUUGGAUUCAAUAUUGAGGAGCCGGUCAAUCGUAUUUUAAAUCGUUUUCCGCUUGCUGCUCGCGCACAGAGGAAAGAGUUACUUCUGAAGUGCAUGGCCAAUUACGAUGUGGACUCUGUUUGCGUAGCUACUACCUUGGUACCUUUUCUCGGCUUAGAAAUGGAAAAUGUCACUCGAGACUCGGAGUCAGAGGAAAAAGAAGACAUUGACGAGAUACCUUUUCCCAACAUGGACGAUCGUUUCCUGGAGUCACGUUCUUCUUCCCCUGCCGGGUCUAAUAAUGUCAGUGCUGGUGAACAAGACGAUUUUGACCCGACUAAUGCAAUAAAAGAGCAACAUUCUCAUCCCAUGAUCCCAUGCGCUCCUCGCCCAUCCAUCACUGCAAAUUGGCCACCGUUACUGGUACAUAAAUUUAGACAUCUUCAAUUAUAUCCCGGUUUUUUCGAUGCGGUCUAUUGCCAAGCUCUUGUGAUUAACUGUUCGGUUGAAUCUCUACAUCAAAGCAAAUCUAUAUUUGCGUGUUCAACUCCGGUACGUCAGCUAAUAUACAGCCUUUUGUUAGGGCUGGAAAAGGCUGGAAAUUAUGUGUAUCCCAUUGUUUCACCGGAUCGAGUAGGCAGUUUCCUUCUUGUUGAAUAUAUGAGGAGAGGUAACUGGCAGCUGAAGCCCUGCGCUCUUCAAGUGGAACCGAUCGAUUUUAGUGAGAGUAACGUGGAAUGUGGAGACAGGCGUCUCUCCCUACUUGGUUGCUUUUUCAAUCCGGUUCUUUUGUCAAGAGAGAAGAACCCAUGGAUUCUGUCUAUUGCACUUCUGGCAUCCAUUUGGCUCGCGGAUGGGUCCAAUGUAUCUGACGAUCCAUCUUCCUCUCCAACACUUUUGAGUUUUUUCGUUAUAUGCAUUGCUUCCAAGAUUCUUCGGGACAACCGUCUGCUGCGUUCAACUAACAAGCUGAAGCACCACCUGACUGCUUCUGCAGAUAACCUAAACAGGCUCAUAUCAGCAUCUGCAAUCAAGGCUGGUGAGAAGCCUCAGGGACACUUACAACUACACAUUGUUCAUUCUUUUGGGCAGUUGCAGUCCAUCUACAUCUCCCUCCUUACUUUGGGAUCCCUGUUGGACUCUUUGGCCACAGAUGAUGAAAGAGAACAUGUCAAAUGCUGUCUCGAAAUGCCAGCUAUUUCGCUUACGUUUUCCAGUGGCCGGCUUUUCCAUUCGAUGGCUUGCUAUCUGGCUUUGCAGUCUCCAGUCAACAGACUGGGCGUUACACUUUCAACAAUCCUCCCAAAUCUUCUUUUAAACCAUGAUCAUCAUGUUCGCACAGCGUCAGUACAACUCGCCGAGUUCUUCUCAUUACUGGACCUCAUGCGUAAGGAUUGUCGUCUAUCCAAGGUCGCAACUUCUAGUUCUGUACAUCCUCACUUCGUUAGCCCUCUAAAUCCUAUCACGGUUAGACAUCCUGGAACAGAUAAGCCAAGAAGUAAAAGGAAGAGAAGGUCAAACAACCCCAAGAAGAAACUCGGCAUCAAGUCAGUGACAGAAAUUGAGGCUGAAGUCGACAGGAUCAUGAGAGAGAAUGGUUUGGUUGAUUGUUGA